UUGCCAUCGAGAGCACGCGACAGAUAUAAUAGCCGAUAAAAAUGAAACAGCAAAAAAGUCGAAAUCAAGAUGCCUACGCCCUAAGCGUAAAAAUAAUAUCAUUACGUGAUACAAUACAAGCUAUUAUUUAACAACAAUACUUAUUAAGGAUUAAUACAAGUUUGAAAUGGGUAGGUUAAUUUAUGUUUCCUUUCAAAAAUUGAAAGUUUUGUAUGUUAAAUUUAUGAUUGGAAUAAUCAAGUUCUUAAGCAAAUAUAAGCACACAAAUGACUUUGGAUGAUUCAGUCUACUCUAGGGCGUCAUAACGAACAGUUCUGAAAUGGAAUCGUUGCCAAGUGAUAGAAUUCUAAAGUUCAAUGCGAAUACUUUGGAAGAUGUUCGGAAGGAGUUUCAUUUGGAGAAACGCGAGCGUGUUAUUGAGGCUAUAGACAUAUUGGAAGAUUGGGUGAAGAAACAAAACCAUUUCCUGAAGAAAGAUUUCAGCAGAGAAUAUCUGGAACGCACGCUUAUAACAACGAAAGGUCUUGUGGAACGAGCCAAAACACGUAUCGAUAAUUUGUGCACGUUUAAAACGCUGAUGCCGAAUUUCUUUGAAGACAUAGACGUUAAGAAAUCCGCAAUGUCCACCGUUUUCUCACACGCGCAUAUGCCGAAACUGACCAAGGAUAACUACCGAAUAUAUCUAUUAAAAGUUUAUAACGAUGAUUUUGACGCUUCACUCGUCCUGGACUAUUACAAGUACAUUGUGGUUGUGAGCGAAUACCUUAAAAUUCAUGAUUACUGCAAAGGUUUUGAAGUAAUACUUGACUACAGCGACGUGAAUGUCAUGAAUUUUGUCACAAAAUUCAAUCCUGUUAUUUUACGUCAAGCGGUUACAUUAAUAACGGAUGGCUACGGCAUGAGAAUCAAGGGAGUUUACAUAAUAUCACCAUCGAAGACGGUGGAUUUAAUUCUGAACUUGUUCAAGCAAGUCGUGAGCACUAAAUUGGCUAGUCGUUUACACGUCCAUAAAACAAUAGACACGGUUACCGAGUUUUUGGACAAAGAUUUAUUACCAAUCGAAUACGGUGGAAAUGAACGAUCUCUAAAGGAAUUACACAAUGAGUGGCUAGAAAUUUUGAGUUCGGAUGAACAUAAUAAAUAUUUACAGGAAAUGAACAAAGCAACUACAAACGAAUCUUGCAGGCAAACAGGAAAAUUCAACGAGCAAUAUUUAGGACUACCCGGCUCUUUCAGAAGUUUAAGUGUAGAUUAAUGAAAAUAAAGUAAUAAUUAUAAUAAUUCAUCAUCAUUAUCCUGCCCUUCUCCCAGUCACCUGGGGUCGGCGCAACAUGUUUGCUCCUUCCAUACUCUUCUAUCAUAUACCAUUUCAUCGCCACUCCCCUCCUACCCAUAUCGUCUUUCACACAAUCCAUCCAUUUCUUCUUAGGUCUACCUCUUCCUCUAUAAUUAUAAAGUAAUAAUUAUAAUGAAAAUGAGUGUAGAUUAAAGUAUUUUUUUGGACCUUAACGAGUCGGUUAUACAUAAUUAAAACUACUUAUAUGGUUUAAUGUUGCGUGUUUUUAAUUAAAUUACAUUAUUUCUUGCUAUUUCAUAUAGAACGGAUUAAUUGUAUCUUGACCAGUAACAAAUUGCUAUAGCUCAAAACGCUCUAAAAAUAUUUAGGUAAUAGAAAAAUAGACGGUAGUUAGAACAAUAUGUAAAUUUCGAGGAAUAACACCUUUGUGGUCCGCUACCAAAAAAAAAUUGUAAAGUAUUCAAAUCGUCGCAAAUAAUGUUAAAUUAUCAUUUAUUAAGGGUGUUUAAUAAAAAGUUUUGAUGAAUAUAA